AUCCUCAAAGGCGAAGAAGGGGAUAGAGUGAGGAGCUCACUUCAGCUCAGCUCAGCAGCCAAGCCCAAGAACCUCAUGGCCAUGGCGACCUCCACCUUCUCCCCCCACCCGCUCCCGCUCAAGCCCCAGCUCGGGCCCAAGCCCCACCGCCUCCACCUCGCCCCCUUCCCGCGCCUCCGCACCCACCGCCGCCUCGCCGCCGCCGCCGGGGAGGCCCCCGUCGAGGCGCCGCCCAACCCGGAGGCCGCGGAUCCCUCCCCAGCCGCCUCGAACGGCUCCGCUGCUCCGGCCCCCGCCAAGGCCAAGGUCAAGGUUGAGGCGGUGGAGGUGGUGGCUUCGCCCAAGUUCCAGGACUCGCGGUGGGUGAACGGGACCUGGGACCUCAGCCGGUUCGGGAGCACGGGCGGCGCCGUCGACUGGGACGCCGUCAUCGACGCCGAGGCCAGGAGGAGGAAAUGGCUUGAAGAUUCCCCAGAGGCAAGCAGCAGUGAUGACGCUGUUGUUUUUGACACUUCGAUUAUCCCAUGGUGGGCAUGGAUCAAGCGUUUCCAUCUCCCUGAAGCCGAGAAGCUAAAUGGACGUGCUGCCAUGGUUGGCUUCUUCAUGGCCUACUUUGUCGAUAGCUUGACAGGCGUGGGGCUCGUCGACCAAAUGGGCAACUUCUUCUGCAAAACCUUGCUGUUUGUCGCUGUGGCUGGUGUGCUGCUGGUCAGGAAAAACGAGGACAUCGACAAUCUGAAAAAGCUCAUCGAUGAGUCAACGUUCUACGACAAGCAAUGGCAGUCAACCUGGCAAGAUGAUUCCCCUUCCGGACCAAAGAAGUAGCUGGGAGGUUGAAUUUUGCGGUAGCUGAGAGGGGUGAUGCGGAUUUUCUCCUCCUUAUCUUGUACUGUUCCUUUUAUCAGCCUUUUGUUUCCUGAUUUUAGUGAGGCUCGGUACCUGUCGACAAACUUUGUAAUAAUAAUAUCUACGCCAUCCUGUAAAAAGUACGAACUCACUUCUGUGCUAGAGAUAACACGCCUGUGGGUUAUUUAGCUGGAUGAUUUGCAAUUGCAAUUCAAAGUGCCAGAUUACAA